AUGGAAGAACUUACUACAACAACAGCUUCCACUUUUAUUGAAACGCUGGACACACCAACAGCUGCUGAUUUCAUCGCUGCGGCCGUAAUUUUCCUUGUAAGUCAGGAAGAAACUAAGAAAAAAAAAUAUAUUUACUAUGCGUCGCGGUUUUCUUUGGCGCAGUCCUUGAAGGGAUUUUUAGCCUUACUGAAAAAAACUCCUUCCGCGCAGCGGCUAAAAAUUGCUUGAGGUGGUCUGGAGUAGCUAGAAGCAAGCUAAAACUUGAAAAAAAUUUUUUUAAGAGUGGAAAAAGUCAAAUAAUUAAUUUAUUUUAGGAUUCCAUCUUUCACUUGUACUGCACCCGAACAACCAGGACUUGCGCAUUUUCCUAAGAUCUAUGUUGAUCUGGUCUUAAGCUGAAAUUUAAAUCGUAGCCACGACAUUUGUAUUUCUAGUCGAGGUGAAUCGACUCCAACUUUUCAAAACCUAAUUACGUCUCUCACUUCUAGUUUGAACUCUCAUAAAAAAAACCAGUCAUAUCGUAAAACAAGGAAGCUUGAGCCACUCAUCAGUGGAUUCGUCUUCCUAAUUGGUGGAUCUUUUUGUUUUUCAGUGAAUCGAAAUUUCAAAGACAGAUUGAUGAGAUAAAAAAAACAGGAAAUAAUUUCCUCAUGAUGAUUCAAGGAAGCCGCUCCGCAGCCGCAACGCAAGAGCCAUUCAUAGUGGUCAAGUCGGUGUGAACUGACUGUUCUCAAUAUUUCCUUCAUUUUUUUAAAUCACUGUUUUCAGAUCUCUAUCAUUGGGCUAACAGGAAACACGUGCGUUUUUCUGUUCUCUUCGACUUUGAAAUCGUUGCGAAACUCUUUCGGACGAUUUUCUUCGAGCCAAGCUUUUGCCGAAGCUAUUCUAUGCGCAACUUUCGCUUUCUUCUACUGCCCCAUGGUCGUUUUGUGAGUUCAUGCUACAUAACUUAGGUUUUGGGACGGAAAUGAUGGAGAAAAUAGGAAAAAUUGAGAUCGUACGCUAAAUUUAUCCAUAUCCAAAAAAAGGCAAAAAAGAUGUGAAACUAAAUCUUCAACUGAGACUUUGCCCAAAUUUUUAAGCUUCUCCAUUUGAUAACUAUCCAUUCACUUCAAACUUCCUUGACAUGGAAGCUCAUGACCGCACGUAGAAUGGCUCAAGCGAGAGCGAGAGGUGUCAUUAGGAAAGCUGCUGGAUUUCAAGUCGCUCGGGACCGCAAUACAACCGCAGCGCGUAAGCCAUUCCAAAUGUGGCAAAAGCAUUUCAAGGCAGAUCAACUUUUCCAUCUAAUUGAUUUCUGACUUACAAUCAAGACUUUCAGUGGAGUCGACGUUUUCAUGAGAUCGUCUUCCUACGUCGGCCUAGUGCUUCUCUACUGUUACGACGUCUGCAUGUUCUCUCAUCUUUUCAUCGCUGUCAACCGACUAUGCGCCAUAGCUUUUCCUUUACGCUAUGAUUCCCUUUUCAAGUUAGUUCAUUUAAAAAUAAGCUCAGAGAGUCGUAUUGAUUUUGAACACUCAAUCCAUCCCCAGCUCACGAAUUCCACCAGAAACCGGAAAAAAUAUAGGAAGAAUGUAUUUUUAGAGGUUUUUUUUGACACAUUAAAACGAGGUUUCUAUUUUUAAUAAAGUUGUAGCAAUGGCUCAAAGCGUUGCGGUUGCAUAAUUUUGAAACUCCAAUGCUUCUCGCUACCAAAAAAGGACAAGUCGUUUCGGGAGAAACUUGUAAUAGCCUCAGAAGUUAUUGCCCAUGCGGUCCUUUGGUGGAAAAACCUGACUAGGAAAAUUUUUAGUGGCCACUAUAGUAGUCAAAUUAGUGGCCACUUAAGGGGUUAAAAAUGAGUGGCCACUAUAGAGGUCUAAGUGAUACUACUAGACCACUAAAAGUUUUAGUGGUCACUUUAGGGGUCAAUGGAUCAAAAUAACUGGUCCAACCUGUUUGUUUUAAAAUGAUCAGAGUUACUGGAAGGAUUACUGGAUUAAAGGGAUACUGGAAGGAUUACUGGAUUAAAGGGAUACUGGAUGAAAUACUACUGAAGUGGCCACUAAAACGAAAACAAUGGUCACUAUAGAGUUGGGUUUAGUGACCACUUUAGUGUCCUCUCCAAGUAGUCCUUGGCGAGCCUCUAUAGUUAGGGACCGCAGACGAAAUUUCAAAAAUUUUUUUUCAGCUUUGAGCUUUGUAUGGUUUGAUAGCUGUUUCGAUUCAAAACUCAGAACCGUUUAGUUUUUCGAAAAAGAUUGAGGAUGAAAAAAGUUAUGACGAAAAAUGUGGCGCGCCGCGCACCAAUUUUUAGUACUGGAAUUUUGGUAUUAUCCAUUUUUGACUUUUUCUCGAUUUUUCUUCUAGUACAAGUUUUGAUACUGGUCUAUUAUGAUGUAACAAAUCAUAAUAUAGUGCUAAAAUGAUAAAAAUUUGCUAGUUUGCCGAAAAAGUCGGUAUUUUCCAGAAAACAAAAAACUGGCGCUUGCGGGCAUCGAACUCGCGACCACAAAAUGAAAUAUCGCAGCGCACGCGCUGCGCCAAGCUGUUAGGUCUAGCGAGGGGAGCCUCCAUCCGCCAUAGCCUUGAGCCGUUUGAAUAGCACAGAUUGCCUAUUUCAAAAAGAAAUAUUUGAAGUAAUUUAGCUAUUUUUAUCAGAAUAUGUUCGCAAAUCUUCACUCAAACUUUCCGUGGAAAUUCACUUUGAAAAAACUGUUUUUUUAGUGCUUUUUGCCUCGUUCAACGAUCGCAUUUAAACGGCCCCGUAAAUUUUUGGCAAUGACGAAUUUUUUUAUUUUAUUGUUUUAAAAUUACCGUUACUUGAAUUGAAAUCAUUAUAUAAAAAAAGAAAGAGUGCGUUCGACCUGAAAACACAUGAAAAAGCAAAAAAUGACAAAAUUUUUUAGUUCCAUUCACGUUUUUGUACGACAUUCCGCGAAAACGCAUCAAAAAAGCGUGAAAUAUUUUUUAAACGAAAGAGGAAGCUUUUCUGUACAUGGGUGUCGAAUUUUAAUAGCCAGUUCCACAUAUUUUGCAACUACAACAAAAUGAAAGUUGAAAACCAAAAAAAAGCCACUUUUUCUAUAGCGAAAAGGGGCGUGGCUUUGCGGUUCCUAUCUAUAGUGGCCCCUAAAAAUUUUCCCAGGAUUUCAAGGUUUUUGAUCAAUUUCUAUUGUUUUCGUUGUUUCAAAGCGUUUUGAUGUUACAAGGAAGUUAGAAUAUUAGAGAGGUAGAUAAAUUGCUUUAUAUCGAAGUUAUCUGAGAAGAAAUUUUAAAAAGGUACUUUUUCAGCGAUCGCAACACAAAAAUCCUAAUUUUCCUUGCCUACGCUUUCGCUUCCUUCUCUUCGAUCUACAUGCACCUUACCAGUAAUCUUUCUUGAAAUUUUAUUUUCAUUUUCAAAACUCCAAAUUAAUCAUCAAACUUUUUUCAGAUAAUUGCCUCCUUCCCUACGUCAAGUUUGGCUGGUACUUCGGAGUAAACACGUCAGCUGUAAGUAUCUUUUUUUCCAAAUCGGGCAAACAAAUUAAUAUUAGCCAAUUCAAAAACAACAUGAAUUAAUGGAUAACAAUUAAAAAAACUGAGUGAGUAAUGGUUCUAGUUUUGUCUGGCGAUAAUAAGAUCGGAAAAAGGGAAAAUUUCGAGGAAAAAAAACCGCCACAAGUUGGAUCUUCAUGGAAGUUUCAGAUUUUUUUCUAUGAUUUAAAAAAAUAAUUAUCCCUAACAUGGUCGCACUUGUGGCUGAGCUCACCGAUUUUUUUAAAAGAAGAAAAAAACUGUAGAAUCAUGAAUUUCAAAAAAAUAGCGAGGGUUGUUUGAAAAACCUCUCAAUUUUUUUCGCAAAUCUUGCUAAUCGUUUUUUUCAAAAAAACUUUAAGUUAAUUAAAAAAAUUUAACCUUUUUCUUCAGAAAUGUGACGUUAUCCGAUUCUACAUCGACUUCUGCAAAGAUUUCUUCAUCGUCAGUCAAAUUGUGAUUGUAAACGUCGUUACCCUAGUCCUGAUUCACAUGAUGUCCAAGUCUAAAUCGGUACGUUUCAAAAAAAUGUACCCUUUUCAUUAGAAAAAUUUCAGAAGCAAACUUCCAAUUGGACCGGAAUCCACUCGAAGCGACGAGCGAUGGAAGUCAAGUUCGCCAAACAGGUACAGUUUGUCCGAAAAUGUUUUAGGAGCCGCUUGAAGGCGAAUGAGACGAUAUUUCUCGUCUAUCAGGAAUUUUCGUCUUUAAAAAGAUUUUAAAAGUUUCAAAUUAAAGAAUAGCUGGCCGUAAGUUUUUGUAAGCUACGGUAUCUUGCCAAAUUUCAGGACCUUUUUUUUAAAUUAACUAAAUUUGAAAAAGUCUCUUUCCCCUGAAAUCUCCCUCAACAUUCCAGGACCAUUUUUCUUCAAAGUUCCAAGUAUUUCAAAAUCCCAAUCAUAAAAAAAUGAAUUAUUGGAAGCUAAUUUUUUUGGUGACUCGCGGGCUUCCAUAUGGUUGCAACCCCUUCAAAUUAAUUAAAAAAAUCUUAAAUUUUGAGAAAUAAAAAAAGGAUUUCCUAGGUCGCCCUACAAGGAUUGACCUUUUCCACGGAACUCAUCCUAUUUUUCAUCGUUUCUGCCCGCCAAUCCAACCCCUGGAUGAUUUUUCUUUGCACAACUGUCGCCUGGUCUGCUGUUCAUUCAAUUGAUCCGUAAGUUUUCAGAAAAAGUUCAACUUCCCCGUUAAAAUGUAAAAUUACAGCCUAAUCAUCAUUCUUCUCAACGCCGAGUUCCGACAACUGUUGCGCGGCAAAAAGACUUCUUCGACGGUACAGAAUAGCGAACUCAACACUAAUGCCAUCUAA